UUUGUCGUAAUUGUAUUAUUUUGCAUUGCUUCUGAUCGAAGAACUAGAAGCCGUUGCUAAUUUGUUGUAUAAUUGAUCAUGCAUUUUAUUAAUGUUCCGAAACGUUAAACAUAAAUAUUCAAUACAUCUAACAAUCAACAAGAAAUGGAGUCGUCAGUUAGAAUUGGAUGCAUUUUUCUACUUGUCGUUUUUGUCGGAGUGUGCCAUGGCAAAUAUUGCUAUUACGAUGGAAAUAUUUGGGCAUAUUACUGCGAAUCUCAAUGCAGUGAAGGCGCCAGCGUUGUAGGUGGAGCUGUGGGCGGGGUCCUAGCCGUUGCUAUAGUAAUCGGAAUAACAGUGUGUGUUUCAGUACACCUGAAGUUUAAGCAACAUGAAAAUAGAACACAUCAGAAUAAUGGAGCAAUACCACAUCGCCCGAACACACUUUCCCCUCUUCAUGCUCAAAAUUCAAGUCAUGUUCCUCCUCCUCCUGCAUACAUGUAUCAGGAACCAACUAGGGCGCAUCAUUCUGGUACACCUGGUCACAUGUAAAUUAGAGGUCAUCAGGGUGUUGACAAUUUAAACUUUUAUAUCAACUUUUCAUCGGAGAAUGACCACUCCUAAAAGUAUUUCAAUUGAUUCAGUGAAUCUGUAUAACACUCUUUCACAAAGAUUUGAAAUAAAAAAAAAAUCCGAAUUAUGA